CCUGCUUCCCUCCUCUCGUUCUGCUGUCCUGACAGAGCACAGAGCAGGGUGUGUUUGAUUUUGUCUCAGAGCAGGAUGAUUGUUGUGAAGCGAGCGGUGCUGCUGCUGCUGCCGCUGCUGCUGGCGGUGAUCGGCACAGACGCGGCGCCGUGCACCAGAGACUGUGCCCGUCUGACCAAAAUGCUGUCAACAAAAGACCUGCACAAGAUUUUAGGGGAGUGGGUUCUGGUCUGGUCCGUCUCUGAUACCCAGCAAGUCUCUGACCGGCUGGGAAACCUCUCCAGCUCCUACAUCAAGCUCCAACUCCUCCCUGACAACAAAACCAUCAUGUACAACGAGAGAUACAUGUUACUUGAUAUGCUGUGUUCUAAGCUUGAUUUCAACAUAUCGUUGAACUUUGACCCCUCCGAAUACCACACACUGCACAUCAUGUCUGCCUUGGCGGAGAAUUUUAUCUAUGAGAGCUGCUCCGACUGUCUGGCGGUGCUCUACAGAGGCAAAAUGGCCAACACAAGCAAAGUGGGCCGAUUCCUGUUCAUCUACAAGAGGGAGGGGCACCAUCGGGAUGUUGAGCUGUUGAAAGCGGCACACAGCGAUCAUAAGAAACUGGCAGAGUGUCUGGGAUUUCCUCACGACAAAACGUUCAGCUACGACGGAGCUACAGGUUCUUGUCAUUUGAAAUCUUCUCCAGCAGCGCAGCCUGAACAUUCCUGAAGAUGUUGGAACAAACAAACAUCAAAGUGUCAGCAUAUAUCAGAUAUGUCAUUCACAAAUAAAAUUAAUGCAAAACCAA